AAAGAAGGGGAAAUCCAAAACUACGUCGGGCUUCUAUCUGACUGAAUCGGAAGUUACCGCAGGUCCGUUAGUCGUCGUCAGACGUCAGACGGUUUUCACCUCGCAAUAAAUACUAUAUAUUUUAUACAAAACUAUUACACUCGUGCAACACGCCGCGACUAUCAACCGGCGACCCCGGCUGUCCAUCAUUAAAAAGGAACGGGGUGCCCUGAUUAGUUUUUAAGCAUGGACAUCAGAUUUGCGUGCCUCGUGGUGACGAUUGCCAUCCUGAUGGCAGCCGGAGUUGUUGCCCGGAUCGGAUCCUUCACCAGGAUUACACAAAUUGCUGUUACUGCGUUAUUAAUACCAUUAUUUUAUAAAUAUCAUCGGAGAAUUUAUGUUAUUAUACGGACUUUACCACGAGAUAUUAAAUUCCUAUAUCGUUAUCUCAAUGCCGACAGAGAGACGAAGCGAUUUGUGAAGAACAAUACCACGGUUAUGAAAAUAUUCAGUGAAAGAGUGAAAUUAUAUCCAAACAAACCCUGUUUUAUAUUUGAAGAACGUACUUGGACCAAUGCUGAAAUAAACGAGUACAGUAAUAGAAUAGCAAAUACGUUUAUCAAACAUGGGUACGUGAAGGGCGACGCGGUAGCACUUAUGAUGACAAACCGACCAGAAUUCAUUGCUACUUGGCUCGGUUUAGGAAAAAUCGGCGUGAUAACUGCAUUGAUAAACACGAACCUACGCCUACAAUUAUUGUCUCACUGUCUGACAGUCGCCAAAGUCAAGGGCGUCAUUUAUGCUGCUGAGUUUUCAUCAGCAAUCGACGAGAUCAGCGACUCGAUUGAGGGCAUAAAAAAAUACAAGGAAGAAGCUGGACUCAACGACGCCCAGCAAGGAACGGAGAACCUGGACAAGCUGAUGUCUGAAGCCAGCUCUGAAAAUCCAGUGGUCGAAAACGAGCCGGGUUAUCGCGAUAACUUGCUCUACAUUUACACCAGUGGGACUACCGGGCUGCCAAAAGCAGUUCUUAUGCCAAACUCUAGAUAUCUUCUGGUAACAAUGGCCACAUAUCACAUGUUAGGACUGAGGGAUGGUGACAUUAUGUACAAUCCAAUUCCUCUAUAUCAUAUGGCUGGAGGGCUAGUCGGCACUGGGUGUGCUCUUGUAAAAGGGAUACCCAGUGUACUCAGGACUAAGUUCUCGGUGUCUCAUUAUUGGACUGAUUGUAUUAAAUACAAUUGUACGUUGGCGCAAUACAUCGGAGAAAUGUGCAGAUAUUUAUUAUCAGCACCAGCGAGACCUGAGGACAGUCAGCAUCCGGUGAGACUGAUGGUCGGCAACGGAAUGAGACCACAAAUAUGGCAACAGUUUGUCGAUCGGUUCAAAAUCGAGCAAGUCACUGAAGUCUACGGCUCUAGUGAAGGAAAUGCUAAUAUUGUGAAUGUUGACAACCAAGUCGGAGCUGUGGGCUUUAUACCCUCGAUACUACCGAAGCCGCUGCAUCCAGUAGCGAUUAUUCGCAUCAAUCCUGAGACCGGUGAACCUGUCAGAGGACCUAAUGGUUUUUGUAUACGGGCUGAAAUAAAUGAACCGGGAAUGUUUAUAGGUCUAAUUAAACAGGGUAAUGCCUCGAGGGAAUUUAAUGGUUACUUGGAUGAAGAAGCUUCAAGAAAAAAAGUAAUCGAAAAUGUGUUUGUCAAAGGGGAUAAAGCAUUUUUGACUGGAGAUAUUUUAGUUCAAGAUGAACUAGGAUACUUUUACUUCAAAGACAGAACAGGAGAUACUUAUAGGUGGAAAGGCGAAAACGUAGCGACCGCGGAAGUCGAGGGUGUCGUUAGUAAUGUCGCUGGUUACAGAGACACUACUGUCUACGGUGUUCAGGUACCAGGAAUGGAAGGUCGAGCAGGGAUGGCGGCGAUAGUCGAUCCUGAAUGUCUGCUGGACUUCAAAGCACUUGCAGAAGGCCUGGACCGCGCUCUUCCCUCCUACGCCAGGCCAAUUUUCCUGCGAAUAGUAAACGAGCUUGAGAUGACGGGGACUUUCAAGCUUAAAAAAAUAAAUCUACAGAAAGAGGGCUUUGACCCGAACAAAAUCCAGGACAAAGUUUACUUCAGGUCUGGUAAUAAAGAGUACGUCGAGGUCACACCCGAGCUUUAUCAAGAAAUUAUUUCCGGGUCAACCAAGUUAUAAUCUAAUCGAUCAAUCAUCAAGCUAAUGAUUGAUUGACCAUUAAAUGAAUUAAUACCACUUAAAAAAAUUUAUUAUUUCUAAUUAAAUACAAUUAGCCAAGGUCCCGGUAAGAAGGAAGCCUGUUUUUUUGUUGUUGUUAUCUCUAAGAGCUUUAUAUACUUAAAUAAAUUGUAGGUAAUUGAAAUGAGACAUCGUGAUAAUUUAAUGCACUAAAUUGUCCAGGUGUUUAGGUAAAUUUUAAUUAGUUAAUUUCGCCUAGUGCUUUAUUGUUGAUUUUACUAAGAUGCAAUUAAGGGAAUGAACCAAAGAUUGAAAUUCUUCUUACCGAAUUAUUAAUAUUAAAAAAUAUAUAAAUAAUUAUUAAUUACGUGCUAAUUUGUUUCACUAGGACCAAAAAAUCCGUUUAAUUUUUGAUAUCAUGCCUAAGCUAUUUUUGAGCUUGUCUGAGUACUUUAGUUGUGCAGCAGCAUAUCAGACUGCCGUCUCUUAUUAUUGAGUCUACUAAGGGCAAGUCGGUGCUAUGUGCCAUUUCCCAUAAAAGUGAAAAUAAAAAAAAAAAAAAUCAAUUACUAAUUAUAUAAUUAACAAAAAACAAACAUUGUAUAUAGAGUAAUGUAUUUAAUGAUAUUUGUUUACUGAGCUGAUUAUGUCUAUUAUAUAAAUAUUAUUAUUAUUAUUAUUAUUAUUAUUAUUAUUAUUAAAAUGAAAAUGUAAAAAUUUAGUGCGAUCUGUACAGGCAACACGAUAUUUCAGAAAAUUUUUCCAACAUUUAAAAAAAAUAAAUUAUCACCUGCAUACUAAUAAUUACUAAUAAAUCUUGGCAAAUACUUGUAUCGGCAAUUGUACUUCAAUUGCUCACCGAAAGUCUUUAUAUAAAUAAAUAUAAUCAUGAAUAUUAACUAUCACAACUAAUAUCACUAUAUAAUUAGAUUAUUUAAAUGAAAAAGUAUUUACACUAGGACCGCUUGUCAUAAUUAAUGAGAAAAAAAAAAAAAGAAAUAUUACAAACAACGAUUGGGAAAAUUUUUUGGAAGAGUUUAUUUUUUAAUGAGGGAUCAUGGUAAAAUCUCGUGUCACGUGCCUUGUCAUAAUUAAAACCAAACUAUGAACCGAUGACAAUUAAUUAAUGCACGUAAUAAAUAUCCGAUCUCGUCCCUUUAUAUAAAUAAGCACGAUUCUUAAAUAAAUAAAUAAAUUAUAAUAAUAAUUAGUUGAUUGUCCGGUGUGCGUGAAUUUGUUUUUAUCAUUUUUUAGUUGGUUAUUUUUGAGCGCUUGGGUGAGUCCUGUCAAAUUUAUUUAAAUAAUAAUGAAAAUAAAUAAUUAUUAAAGUUUAUUAUGGGAUGCUGUGGAUGAUUUCGUUCAGACAUUGUUGUUUGAUGUAAAUAAAGACAGUUGAUCACUUACCGAA